AUGAUGCCAUCUGCAGAUAAGAUUUUUGCGCCUGUUAACUUUUUCCUGGAUGACAUGUCAGCCAACAAAAGUCGUCGAUGGAAACCACUGCAUGUCAUCCAGGCCCAGUCUGCGAUAGUCCCAGUCAACUUACGAUCAAAAUUAGACUUCGUCAGAUUCAUUUCUGCUUCGGAGAGGGUUCCGAUUUUAGAUUUGAUGAAGGUAAUCAAGGAGCAUAUGGAUACAAUCAAAGAGAGUGGAGUUGAAGUUUUCGAUGCUGCUACGAAGUCUGUGAAAUUAGUGAUGACCGAAACCUGCUGUCGCAUUGCCGACUUCACUGAACUUCAGGCGACAGUUAUUUUGGAGAACGGGAGCAAUGUAAAUUUCAUUUACGGUGGUCAAAAAGAGGACACUACGAUAUGCCAAGUUUGUACUCAUGUUCUCAUAAUAUUUGAUUAUUUUCAUUACAGGGACAUUCCAGUUACAAUCCUGCCUUGGAUUUAUUUGGGCCUUGGAAAGCACCUACUCAAAUUCUGCAUUAACAAACUGGAUGACAAAAAGAAAGAAAAACUUGUACUCCACCUACGCUCGAUUGACCAGAGUGACUUUUCAGUCGCUUUUACAUCAGAUAUCACGAAGUAUCUCGAUUCAAGACAGGGAAAAGAUAUCAAACAAUAUCUUCAACUUGCUCCGUUUAACUUCGAUUAUGCCGGGUUGGAGCCAAGGUUCUUGAAAAUGCUUUGCAAACUUGCUACAAUUUCAAAAACCAUAGAUGAAACAAAAAUAUACACAACAGACAGUAUCAUCAAUCUGCAAGAAGAACUUAAUGGAUACUUGAAACAAGUGCAGGAAAAUGCGCCUGAUCUGGGAAAAAAGGUAAAAACACACAUGACCACACACCUCGUAAGUUGGGGGAGGUUUUUGAUGUGCUUAUUGGUGCACUCUUUUAAAUUACAGAUUGAUGACAUAAGAAACCACGGACCUCCAAAGGCAUACCGGAAGGAUCAGUUUGAAAAACUUCAUUGCAAUAUAAGAAAGAUCUUAUUCAAUCAGAAUCAAUUGGCCCGAAGCAGAGACACCGUCCGUCAAAUUGCCGACUGCCAAAUACUGCAACAUAUACUUGAUGGGGGCUAUUUCAAGAAUGGGGGAGAAUGGGUUAGCUGUGGCAGCAAUGUCAGGGCCAUUGGAGAAUACAAAAAAAGACUUGGUUGCGAACUGGUAGCAAAAUCAGCUGCCGACAGCAUUUGCACACGGCCAUCAAAGUUGAUACGGAAAAUAUCGGUGCUCCAUGAAUGCCAAGGUGGACAUUGUGUGGUAAUGGAGAAGAAGGUUAGCAGGAAGGUUGAGCAGAAAAGUGCAAAUGUCUUACAAAAGCUUUUGAAACACAAUGAAGACCACAAUGUCUGGAUUGUUAAUAAAUUCAGACUAAAUCGUUUUAAUACUUGUUGA